ACUUUAUUACAGUGCUGCAGCACGAAGGGCAGGACACAAAGGGUCCGAGAUCUAUAAAAAGAAAUAAUAAAACCAAAAAAAAAAAGAAAACAUGUUGGCACUUUUCGCUUUGCUCUUUGCGCUCUCCUAUGUGAUACCUGGCCAGGGUUCUCUGGGUUGUGCUCCGUGCCAACCUUCGCUCUGUGCCUCUCUCCCGGCUGAAGGCUGUCCAGCGGGCUCGGUCCUGGAUUCUUGCGACUGCUGUUCGGUUUGUGCAGCCGGGCAGGGAGAGCCCUGCGGGGGGCGAGGAGGCGCGGGUCGCUGUGCUGCCGGGAUGGAGUGUGUGAAGGUCGGUAAAUCAAACAAGCGAAAAGCCGGUGUUUGUGCUUGCAAGAAUGCUUACGAAGUGUGCGGCAGUGAUGGGGUCACCUACACCAACGACUGUGAGCUGAGAGCUGCAAGUAUACAAGCUAAAAAUACGAAGCAGGCUGAAAUAACUCAGCUACAUAAAGGACUUUGUGAACGAGCGCCCUCUGUUGUAACUCCUCCAAAGGAAAUCUGGAAUGUGACAGGAGCUCAAGUUUAUCUGAGUUGUGAAGUUAUUGGAAUCCCCACUCCAGUUCUUACCUGGAAGAAGGUUGUGGAAACCAAAAAAGGCAUAGAGAAGAUGGAGUUGCUGCCUGGUGAUCGUGACAACCUUGCGAUACAGACCCGCGGUGGACCUCAAAAACAUGAAGUUACUGGCUGGGUAUUGAUCUCUCCACUCACCAAGAAUGAGGCUGGUGGAUAUGAAUGCCAUGCUUUGAAUUCCAAAGGGGUGGCAAUGGCUUCUGGACGUAUUAAUGUUGUGGAUUCACUUGAUGAGAUUCCAUCUAGCAAAAGUCCUGUGGAAGAACUUUAAAGUGAAGUAGGUUCUCACAAGUAGCACCAGACAGGAUCAGGAAUAAAUAAAAGCCUGCUACUCUUCACAUCUGUCCAGCAUAGCGAUCUUGUCAAGAUGCAGCUGCUGAAAAUCUUCACAGCACUUAAAGCUAGAAUCUUAAAGCUUGUAUUUUCUAUUAAAAUAUUAUGUAUGCUUUAAAAAAACAAACCCAUCUAUCAAUGAGAAUGUUAAAAGGGACAAACAUUUCAUUUUGACGCAUGUUUUACCUACGAAUUUAUGAUUGUGUUUAAAGUUACUACUAAGGAAGUUAUAAUUGUUAUACUUUCAGAUUUAAGCUGAAACCAAUUUAGAAAACACUAUAGUGUAGUCACAAUGAUAAUACAUAUUACAUGCUUUUGUUAUAAGGUUUAAAUAUUUAACCUUUACAGUGUUUAUAUAAAAAAUGUACACUAAUAAACUAUAUUCUUUGAAUCCUA